AUCGGGAGCUACAAGGCAUUCCCCUCUCCGCCUCGUGUUCUUCUCUAUUCUCCGAUAUCCAUUCCUUCACUUUUUUUUUUCCCAUCCUUCUCCGUCCCAGAUCCGAUCAGAUCGCCGGGUUUUCUCGCUCCAGGAACCGAUCUCAUAGGCUGGGAUCGAGCGGCGAGCGAUCCGAUCGGAGAACUUCGGUCCCCGCUCCCUCGAUCUGCGCAUCCCCGCGUAGAUCCGGAGGCGAUGAGCGGUAAGGCGGCGGCGGCGGCGAUGUCGCCGGCGCUGGCGAACGGACGGUUCUUCACCGUCGGGCUCGUCACCGCGUGGUACUCCUCCAACAUCGGAGUGCUCCUCCUCAACAAGUACCUGCUCAGCAACUAUGGCUUCAAGUACCCGAUCUUCCUCACCAUGUGCCACAUGACGGCCUGCUCCCUCCUCAGUUACGUCGCCAUCGCGUGGCUCAAGAUCGUGCCGAUGCAGACCAUACGGUCGCGCGUCCAGUUCCUCAAGAUCGCCGCCCUCAGCCUUGUCUUCUGCGGCUCGGUGGUCAGCGGGAACGUGUCGCUCCGGUACCUUCCCGUCUCGUUCAACCAGGCCGUCGGCGCCACCACGCCUUUCUUCACCGCCAUCUUCGCUUACCUUAUGACCCUCCGGCGGGAGUCGUGGUUAACCUACAUUACCCUCGUGCCCGUGGUUACUGGUGUCAUUAUCGCAAGCGGGGGGGAGCCAAGCUUUCAUUUGUUUGGUUUUAUUAUGUGUAUUGGAGCUACUGCUGCUAGAGCACUUAAGUCGGUAUUGCAGGGAAUUUUGAUGUCCUCUGAAGGGGAGAAGUUAAACUCUAUGAAUCUUCUUCUAUAUAUGGCUCCAAUCGCUGUUGUUUUUCUACUUCCUGCAACAAUUAUAAUGGAGGAAAAUGUGAUUGGUAUAACAUUGGCACUUGCUAGACAAGACUUCAAGAUUAUAUGGUAUCUCUUGUUCAACUCUUCUUUGGCCUACUUUGUGAACUUGACCAAUUUCUUGGUCACCAAACAUACAAGUGCUUUGACCCUUCAGGUUCUCGGUAACGCAAAGGGAGCUGUCGCCGUGGUCAUCUCAAUCUUAAUAUUCAGGAACCCAGUCUCUGUUACAGGAAUGGCUGGUUACUCGUUGACUGUAAUUGGUGUAAUUCUCUACAGCGAGUCGAAGAAGCGUAACAAGGGAAGUUAAUCCCAGAAGCUACUAGCCUAAGUCACCAGUACUUAUGCCCCAUUACGUACUGGGUACCAAUGGCCUCAUAAACCGCCCUAUCAACUUAGGGAAUUAAUAUAAUUGAAGUCUCUCUGUACCAUUAGUUAGCCAAAUAGUGUGCUCAGAGGAAGAGAAUUUGUUUGUCAGAUGCACCGUUUACACCUUACAUUGAGUCGGUAAGCAUCUGGGCCUUCAUUAUCUUGUUAUACACCAACAAUUAUACAGUCUAAAUUCUUUGUAAGAGUAUUCCUCAGUCUAUUAUAAAUUCCAAUGCGAUCGUACCUUCGAUGUAAACUAAAUUUGUUCUCCAAUGUCGAUCAUAUUGAAUACCCCAGCUUUAAUUUUUCAUGUCA